CUGUAUCACUUAUCCACAUCUUUAGUUGAACUGUAUUUCUUUUACAGGCAUUGGACAAUGAAUUCUCAAGAGGAGAAUAACACGGUCAUGUCGCAAAUGGAAAAAGCUACAGAAAUGAAUGAAGCUAAAACAUCACGUGAGAUGGAAAAUAUAUAUAGUAGGCCACAGGGUCUCGGGGAAAUGCCGACACAUACCUACCCAACACAAUACGCUCACGCACCAAAAAAGGCUAAGACGAAGGACAACGAUUUCAUCAUCUCUCAAACUCUUGAAAAUGACAAAUUCAACAAGAGUUGGAGCAAAAAUGAAGAUGUUGCAUUGACGAAAGCUUGGCUUUAUAUUUCAGUUGAUGCAGAUGUUGGCAAUAACCAAAAAACUGCUAUAUUAUGGAAACAAGUUUUUCCUGUUUGGAAAGAAAAUAUGGGAGCUGAGUGUAAAGAGAACCGAACGCCGAUUAGCUUGCAACAACGUUGGAAAAAGAUAAAUCAGGCUGUUACUAAGUUCAAUUCAUUCUACGAGAAGUUGGAUAGGCUUUCAAAAAGUGGCACUAACUUAGAUGAUAUGAAGCGAGAAGCUAUUCGUAUGUAUAAUGAGUGCACUGGCAAAAAAGAAUUCCAAAAUGAGUUCAGUGAAGAUGUUGAUCCCAGAGACAAGGGCAUAUCACCACUACAUAGUAUCCCAGAUGAUAGUCAUGAUGUGGACAAAAUUGACGGGAUUAACAAGACAGAUGACAUUGUGCGUCCCAAAGGGAGAAAAGCAUCGAAGGAGAGUAAAAAGAAAACCAAUGAAGAUGGUGGUGUGGUAGAUGCUAUAAAAAGUUUGCGUUCUACUUUUGAGAAAGAAAUUGAGUUUAGAAAGGAGAGCAGCAAAAAGGAAUUUGAAUUUAAGCAGCACAUAGCGAAUCAAGAGAUGAAAGUUAAGGUUGCUGCUGAAAAAAGAAAACUGAAAGACCAAGAACUCCGCGAAGAAGCUCAAAAGAUAGAAGAUAGGCAAAAGGAAAAAGAAUUUCACCAAAAAGAGCUGCUUCAGAAGAAAGCUCAAAAGAGAGAAGAACAACUUCGUAUUAUGAGCAUCGAUGUUUCCAAGCUUCCAGAAACUGUACAGAAAAGGAUUGAAGAAUGUCAGAUGCGGAUACUAAAUGAAUGGGAAACUGAGGGUCUUUUUGGAGAAAAUGUUGAAAACAAACCAUUGGCAGAAGCUUUGGCCGGAGAAUCAGGCAAUACUAUAGAGACAGAUUCAGACAAUGAGUGA